AUGGACUUGAUGGGAACAGCGUUAGGAGUGGCAGGGCCUCCGGCCUGGGUCUGGAGCCCUGGAGCUGGAGAGGGGGAAGUGAGCCCCAAAACCCAGGGCAUGGUGGUCACACAGGCAGUCCUGGGAUGCAGGUUGGUGCUGGAUGAUGGAGCCAUUGAAGACAUCGAGCACACGGUGAGUUUUGAGUGUAUGCAUGAUGGUGCCUGUGGGAGACACGAGGUGAACACAGAUGCAUACACAAGACUGGCCGCUCCUCCCCAUUGCUGGAAAGUCCUCUCAGCUAGCAGACCUCCUGUUAAGAGGUCAUGGGCUGCGGGUACACGUGGGUCUGCGUAA